GUAAGUUUUAAUAAAAAUAGAUAUUUACUUACAAAAUAAGCUUCGGAUUUUUCCCAAAGGGACAUAUCGCCCAUUGUUUUAACUGAUUUUUCCGGUACAACAAAUUCAUGAUCUUCACCAACUAAAAUCAAAGUAAGAAAAUGGAAAAGAAAACAGUAAUCCAUUGGUUUCGUAAAGGUUUACGAAUACAUGAUAAUCCAGCAUUAUUAGCAGCCAUUGAAGAAGCUGUUAAAAGUAGUUCAGCAUUACGACCGAUUUUUAUUUUGGAUCCACUAAUUUUAACAUGGAUGCGAGUGGGACCUAAUAGAUGGCGCUUUUUACAACAAUCACUGGAUCAGUUAAAUGAAAAUUUAACGAAAAUCGGUUCAAAAUUGUAUGUAAUACGUGGUACACCGGAGAAUGUAUUCAAACGAAUUUUUAAAGAUUGGAAUAUUUCGUAUAUCACAUACGAAUAUGAUACCGAACCUUAUGCAAAACGAAGAGACGCUUUGAUUGAACAAUUGGCUCAUGAAGCAAACAUACGAAUUGAGAGUGAGAUCUCUCAUACCAUUUAUAAUACUCAAUUAGUAAUUAAAAAGAAUGGAGGUAAAGCUCCGUUAACAAUGCAAAAGUUUUUAUCAGUUGUUGAUUCAAUGUCAAAACCACCAAUUCCGGUACCUGCUCCAACGAAAAUACCUGAAAUAUGUAAACCUACUUUAGAUUCAUUUGAAAAAGAAAAUCCACAUUGCUAUGAUUGUCCUACUUUAUUAGAACUGAAAGUAAAUGAAAAAAAUUUAAAUGCAUGUAAAUUUCCUGGAGGUGAAACCGAAGCAUUGAACAGACUAAACAAAAUUUUAUUGAAAAAAUCUUGGAUAUGUAAUUUUGAAAAACCAAAUACAAGUUCAAACAGUUUAGAACCAAGCACAACAGUUUUAAGUCCAUAUUUAAAAUUUGGUUGUUUAUCAUCAAGAUUAUUUUAUUAUGAAAUAAAUAAAAUUAUAUCUGGGCAAAAACAUUCUAAACCUCCAGUUUCGUUAAUUGGCCAAUUAAUGUGGCGUGAAUUUUAUUACACAGUCAGUUCCGAUACACCUAAUUUCGAUAAAAUGGUUGGUAAUCCAAUUUGUUGCCAAGUACCUUGGGAUACAAAUGAAAAACAUUUGGAAGCUUGGACUUAUGGUAAAACUGGUUAUCCAUUUAUUGAUGCAAUAAUGCGACAAUUACGACAAGAGGGUUGGAUACAUCAUUUGGCAAGACAUGCAGUGGCAUGCUUUUUAACUCGAGGUGAUUUAUGGAUAUCGUGGGAAGAAGGACUAAAAGUAUUUGAUGAAUUACUCUUGGAUUCAGAUUGGGCAUUAAAUGCUGGUAAUUGGAUGUGGCUAUCUGCAUCGGCAUUUUUUCAUCAAUUCUUUCGUGUAUAUAGUCCUGUAGCAUUUGGAAAGAAAACAGAUAAAUUUGGAGAUUAUAUUAAGAAAUAUGUACCUGAAUUAAAUAAAUAUCCUGUAGAUUAUAUUUAUGAACCCUGGAAAGCACCGUUAAGUGUACAAACCAAAGCGGGAUGUCUUAUUGGAAAAGAUUAUCCAAAAAGAAUUGUUAUACACGAAGAUGUUUACAAAGUGAAUAUCAGUAAAAUGUCUUUAGCAUAUAAAAAUAAUAAGACAAACGAUAAUAAUAAACAAAAAGGAGAAAGCUCUAAAGAAUCUGAACCAGCAGCAAAAAAAAUGAAAAAAGUUUCAAAAUCCACAAAUACAACAAAAUCCGAUUCUAAAAAGUCCAAGCAAACAUCGUUGACCAAAUUUUUAAAGAAGUAAAUUAUGUUAAUUAUUAAAUAAAUGAAAAUUUUGUGUUUUAGCAUUAAGUAAUUUUUUCUAAUACAGUGGAACCGCGGUAAUCCAACAAACGUUGUGCAAGGCAAUGCCGAAUUAUCGAAUUUGUCAGACUAUAGAGUACUACCCACAAACUCGCUGUAUAGUCUGGAACUUUUUGAAAAGAAUACCUUGUAAUCCGACAAAUAACAUAUCAAAGUGAAGAGAUUUUAAUCUUUUUCUAAUUUCAGCCCCGAAGAAUUCAUGUAUUUAUUAUAAAUCUGCAUUGUACUUAUCAUUAUAGUUAUGUCGGAUUAGACAGGGGCCGGAUUACCGCGGGUUUACUGUAUUUAUAAAAUUUGUAUUAUUUCAGUAAUAGAUACUUACAGACCAAAAACGGAUUGUUAAUUAAGGAAAUUAGUGCCACGCAUUCGCGAAUAUUCGCAUAUUUUUUUAAAUUUGCAUUUGCAAAAAACGAUGCGAAUUUUUUUGGCAGUAUUUUUUGUCACAUAAGCAUUUUAGAUUUACGGCAUUAUAAAUUGCAAAAUAAGUACAAACUUCAUAAAUAUGUGCUUUAACAUUGACUGUUGGGCACAUACAAUUAUAGCAAACAAACUUCAAAUCAAAACAACCUUAAGUUUACUUUUAAUGGACUUAUAUGGUGUGUUUUUAAUGAACUUAUACGGUUUGCUUUUUAUGGACUUAUUCGACAAACUCUUUUACACAAAAAAUGAAGAAUUUUAAGUUAACGUUCACGCUCUUCACAGACGUCCAAAUUCCACCGUAGCCGCAGCGACACUAAGUGGAAUAGCUAAUACAUUCGUAAAACUAUGAAAAAGGAUAUGCAAUUCAUCAAUAAACAAUAAACACGUUUUAUAUAUAAAUGUUACAUGGCCUUUGAGGCCGGCUAUAACUUACCCGGACCCUCUCAUAUGUUCCAUGGCCUUUGUGGCCGAAUAUAACUUAUCCGUGCGCUCUUCACAGACAUACAAAUUUUAGCGUAGCAACAUCGACACUAAAUAGAAUAGCUAAUACGCUCAUAGAGGUCUACGACCUCAGCUACUGUGAACGGCAAAUACCGCAAGUAUUUCUUUUUAAAAUUUGUAAGGUUUGCCGAGGAUCAGAUACUCGGCAGCAAUGAUACUGGGUUAAAAUGUUAUGGAUUCGAUAUGGGAGACCGUAAAUUCUCUUUAUUACAAAAAAAAUUCAUAAAU